AUGAAGGAAAUCGGCCCAACGCAGGGUUUGGAGGGGCGUUGGAACCUGCUGCUCUUCCAGACGGUCAUUGCGGGCGACGGCUGGGGAGAAAUGGCCACGCCCAUCAUCUUGCGAUACCCGGAGACGGCCAUCAUCUUCAUCGGGUCGCUCUUGACCCUGGUCUUCGGGGUGCUCAACCUCAUCGUGGCCGUGGUCGUCGACACGUUUGCGGAAGCCCGCUCGCACGACAUCCUGAAUCUGGCAGAGGAGAUGGAGGAUGACCUGGAGAAGGACACGAAGUUCCUUGAGAAGCUCUUCAAGCGGAUCGACCAGGACGGGAGUGGCAGGGUCACUCUGGACGAACUUAUAGAAGGUGCACGUAAAGACCCCGAGUUCCAGAGUCGUCUCCGCGUUAUGGACAUCGACGAAGUCGAUCUGGAGCAGUUGUUCCAGAUGAUCGACGUGAAUGGUUCGGGCUCGAUCGAGGCCUCCGACUUCAUCUGGCCCCUCAGUCGAUGGGUGCACGACUCCAAGACGGCUCCCCGCUUCAUCAAGUACAACAUGCUGCGGACGAUGGAGCAGCAGGAGGAGUUGUACAACCUCUCUGAGGUUGGCUUCCAGCAACUGAAGGAGUCGAUUGACAAGCUGACGCUUGCCGUGACUAAGGGCCGCAUGGGAGAAGGCCCCAGCGUUGCCAUGGAGGACCUGUCUGUGCUGACGCCGGAGGACUUGGACCAUCCUGUACACUUCGAGGACCACGCACCCAUCCUCGAGGAGUCCCAAGAGGAUUUCGGCAACACGCCGCCGCUGUUGACACUACCUGAGGAGCGGGGACCCCCCGAACCUCCCAAGAGCGCGCAGAAGGUGGCGUUGACCAGCCAGGGCCCUUUCAGCAGCUCGGUGAAGGAGAUCGAAGCGCUGCUGCUGGCUUCCGAGGCGCGCCUCCGGCGCGCCAUGGCGAAGAUUGAGAACUCCAUCUCGGAGCACCACACGUCGCCGCAGCACCACGCAUCGCCGCAGGCGAAUGGCAGUGCCUCAGCCGACCUCCAGGAAGAAGAGCAGCGUUGA